GCCAGUAGGGCGAGAGGGAGCGCGUUCUGAGGAAUCAAACCCUGCAUUAAUCAUUGAGUUCUGGGUCCAGUGCUUUCAGAAGCUCAGAGCGCUUUAAGGAAGUUGGGAAAAGGCAGAGCAGGGACAGGGGCUGCAGCACCUGGCUGAGAGCUACUCGGUGGGCAGGUGAGACGCAUGCAAAAGGGACUGCAGGGUUCCCCAUCCCAGAGCUUGGAAAGGACAGCGCGCUUUGGAAAAAGAACCCAAGUCCUCCGAGGCGGGAAAGGAGCUCCGGGUGCUGCCCGGGCCUCUGAAGCGCUAUAUAGACAGCAUGCGUUUCCGUAGAGGCUCCGACGCGGGACCCAUGGGCAACUCCAGUCCAUGGUGGCCUCUGACUACAGAUGGUGCCAAUCUAAGCCAGGAAGCAGAUGCGCUUGGGGAAGGUGGCAGCAGUCCCCCGGGAGACCGGCGCAAUGAGGAGCUGGCCAAGCUGGAGAUCGCCGUGCUGGCGGUGACUUUCGUGGUGGCCGUGCUAGGCAACAGUAGCGUGCUACUUGCGCUACACCGCACACCGCGCAAGACGUCCCGCAUGCACCUCUUCAUCAGACACCUCAGCCUGGCCGACCUAGCGGUCGCCUUCUUCCAGGUGUUACCUCAGCUAUGCUGGGACAUAACCUACCGUUUCCGCGGACCCGACUGGUUGUGCCGCGUGGUGAAGCACCUCCAGGUGUUCGCCAUGUUCGCGUCGGCUUACAUGCUGGUGGUCAUGACCGCAGACCGCUACAUCGCGGUGUGCCACCCCCUCAAGACUCUACAGCAACCCGCACGCCGCUCGCGCCUCAUGAUCGCCGCCUCUUGGGUCCUGAGCUUCGUGCUGAGCACGCCACAGUUCUUCAUCUUCUCCAUGAUCGAGGUGAACAAUGUUACUAAAGCUCAAGACUGCUGGGCCACCUUCAUCCAGCCCUGGGGCACCCGAGCCUAUGUGACCUGGAUGACAAGCGGCAUCUUCGUGGCACCCGUGGUCAUCUUGGGUACUUGCUACGGCUUCAUCUGCUAUCACAUCUGGCGCAACAUCCGCGGCAAGACCGCAUCGCGCCAGAGCAAGGGUGUAAGGGGCGCUGGGGACGCCCUUCAUAAGGGGAUUCUGGUAGCGCCUUGUGUCAGCAGUGUGAAGACCAUUUCCCGCGCCAAGAUUCGUACGGUAAAGAUGACUUUUGUGAUUGUGACGGCUUACAUCCUCUGCUGGGCGCCUUUCUUCAUCAUCCAGAUGUGGUCGGUCUGGGAUGAAAAUUUCAUCUGGACUGAUUCAGAAAACCCUUCCACCACCAUCACAGCAUUACUGGCUUCCUUGAAUAGUUGCUGCAAUCCCUGGAUAUACAUGUUUUUUAGUGGCCAUCUCCUGCAAGACUGUGUCCAAAGCUUCCCGUGCUGCCAAAACACGAAGCAAAAAUUCAACAAAGAAGAUACCGACAGUAUGAGCAGAAGGCAGACUUCUUAUUCAAACAACCGGAGCCCGACAAAUAGUACCGGUACAUGGAAGGACUCACCUAAAUCUUCCAAAUCCAUCAAAUUCAUUCCUGUUUCAACCUGAGCCCCAAGUUCAUGCCGCCUGAUUCUCGUAAUUGACUUUGUGGUCUAUUACUGAAUCCAGCUAGAAAUCAUGAGGACAAACAAAAAUAUAGAAGAUAAGCAAAAAUCAACUCAUUGGGUACAAGACUUUUUUUCCUAUUGCAUUUUCCACAUUGCCGUGACUCAAAACCAUGAAUUAUUUUAUACAAAAAGUUAAUGAAAACACACCGCACUAAAAUCUGUGGGUCUGAUUUCCAGAAAUAACAGAAGUUAUGUUUCUAAAAGAAAAAUCGUAACCAACCUGACUUUGUAUUUUUGCUGCUGGUUUCGUUUAAUUUCUGACAUAAGUAAGACUUGACUAAUUUAAAAGUCAGAAUUUCUGAACAAAGUGGGCUCAUCAUUUAGAGGAGUCUUCAAAGAAAUUGUGAUUCCAUCCAAUAAACUCAAUUUAUGCAUCAUAAAAUACAGCCCCAAGUGGGGUCCUAGAGAUGAGGCCUUGAAGAGGUUUGAGGGCCAGGGCUUAUUGAGCAGGACGAAGUCAGUUCAGAGUGAAAAGAAGAAAGUUCCAUUAGGAAUCAUAAAUCACCCUGAAUUUCCAAAUGAUAACUUAAUAACUGGCAGUACCUUCCUUUAGUUUCCUCAUGUUUUAAUGACUCUAAGAAUCAUGUUUACUAAGAUGUUAACAAUUAGAGAAAAAUUUAUGGAUAAGCUGAAAAUAUCUUUUUCCUCCCACUGAAAGAUUGUUUGAAAGUCAGAUAUGUACGAGGAAUGCCAAAUUUCACAGAGUAGAAAAGAUUGCCUAAACUAGGCUGUAGACUUUUGUCUAGAAUAUUGUAAAAUAUUUUGACAGUGUUAUAGUGUCCUGUGCUAUACUAAAUGUUAACACGAUCUUAUCUUCAUGUUUAGUGAACUUGAAUUCAUAAAUAUGAGUCUCCUAAAGAGUUACUCAGGAUAUAAAAUGCCCCCCUACUGUGUUAAGUUACAAAGGUCUGUUCUUUCUUUCCAAUCUCCCAUGCACCUAACAGAUUCAGAAUAGAGAGGAGGCUGGGGGUGGGGGUAAAGGUUGGGAGGCAGAUGGAAAGAACUGCUCUGCUCCUCAUCUGGAUUCCUUCAUUAUUAAAUGUAUGUUACUUAAAAACACAUCAAGCCUCUGCCUCCUUGGCUGUACAAUGGAGUACAACCCCUCACAGGGUUGUUUUAAGGACUAAAUGAAAUCAAAUGUGUGAAAUAAGCUUCACACCCUGUAAGUGCUAUACUUAAAAUACAUUUUUUUUUAAUGCUCUCAAGACCUUCAGAAUUCAUAGCCCUUUUUUCCUGCUUAUUUUUUAUUAACCAGAAUUGGUUGACUUUAUGUCUGGGAUAUAAAAUCCUAAAACUUAAAUAUAGAUCUGCUGAUUCAUUGGAAAGCAUUGCCAGUAGCCAGUAAGCCAAAUCUCUGCACAGCUAAAGUUUUCCAAUGUAAGGAUAGAACUUUCUUUACUCUGAAUGCAGAUAAAGGAAAGUCAGCUAAGAGGAUCAGUUUGUCUCAGUUCUGCUCUUUUUCUUUAGUGCUGGGGAUUGAACCCAUGGCCUUGUACUUGCAGGGUAAGCACUCUACCAACUGAGCUAUAUCCCCAGCCCAGUUAGUUUUAAUUCUAAACAGUGAUAAGUUACUUUGGUACUUGUUAUUGCAUUUUUCAUGGUUUUUUUCUAGCUCAUUUGUCUGACUCCUUAGAGAUCAUGCACUGAUUUGAGUAUACAUCAAUAAAUAUUUUUCAUCUCUUAGAAGAUGUAACAGUUGCUUUUAAUAGUAUUAUUUGAUUUCUUUUCUAACUUUGCAGAUAAGAGACAGUGGACUGAAUGACACUGCUAUAACCUGGAAUGAACUACUUCACUCCUUUUCAUUCUUGUGUCUUUCUAAAUUCUCAUUGAUAGGCUUAGAAAAGAUAUCCUAAAAAUGCCUUAAAAAAUAUUCUGUCGAGAUUAGCCUUUUAGGUUUCAAAAUUCUUCUUUCUAAAAAUAACAAUAGGUCUGAGGAUGUAGCUCAGUGGUAGAACACUUGCCCAGCAUGCACAACACCUGGUUCUAUCCCCAGGACCAAAAUAUAAAUUAAUUAAUUAACAAAACAAAAAAAAAUAAAAAUAAAUAUUUCUCUUAAUUGGCUUAUAUCUCUUCAACAUAAGCCAUCAGUGACAUUAAUCACUUCUCUAUUACUCAAGUUAGGAGAGCAUAGUUGUAACCCUGCCUUUGUAAGAUGGAUAGCCCCAUUAAUAAUUUUUCUUCAAUAGUUCAAAAACUAAAGCCUAUUAGACUGGAAUAAAGAUGAUCCCACUUUAUCUAAAUCAUUUCUAAAAUAUCAACCUAUUGUUUCUUUUAAAAGGGUCCAUUUCAAAAUGUUGAUAUGCACCUCCAAGUAAAACAAUUCCAUUUGACCUUAGUUCUAGGAACAUCUCUCAAAUAAGGGCAUAUCAACUUACCCACCUGCGUUUUUUCCUUUUAAAUGCAUCAAGAGAUUAGACAGUAGGAAAUGGGCUGGGUAGACACAAGAGGACCUGCCUGCUAGUUCUUCAAUAUAUGUGAUCAUCAUCUUUGUGGUUUAGGCAGAAAAACUACUUAGUGUUACACCUUCUUAAUGUUAUGUACCCAGAAAUGGUAUUCAUAUAAUUCGAAACAACUAUCUAGCUUGGAAGUGUCCUGCCUGUCUGUUUCAGAAGAAAGGCAAUGAGCAGAAAGUAUUCUGGGAAGGGAAGCGUUCCUCUUCUCAGUCAAAGACCUGAGAUAUUAUGCCAAAUGGAGGCUUAUAGUCAAGAAUAAAUGAAUUGUGUCACCUUAUUUUAUUUUUUAGGGUCAUCUGUGGGAAGUCCCUGAAAGUAUACAAUAUUGACUUAUUUAUAUAGGUAUCAGGAAUAUGACUAAUAGGAAUAAACUGAUCUAUUGGACAUUUGAUACAUAUUGAUGAAAAAGAAUAUUUUAAAAUUCACAUACAUUACUUAAUGGGCUAACUUGGGAGCAUGUAUUUUAAAAUGUAAACUCCCUGGUUUUUAUUUUGAAAAUUCAUUUAGAACAUACCUGCAAAGGAAAUUAGUGAAAUUCUUGGGUUAAUUAUACACUAGACCUACAGAGGUUCUAACACCAUCAAAAGAUGAUUAUACCAUGAUUGAAGGAAGAGUGUGGUUUUAGAGGGAAAAAAAUCAAAUGUCUUAACAACACGCAGUACCAUCCAAAUGUAUUCCAGUUCCUAGAAUGAAUGACCACUGAUUAUUAGGAAACACAACUUUCAACUGUUAUUGCACAAAGCAAAGUAAUCCAAUCGGGUUAAAGUUUUGGUUUUCAUACUCUAAAAUGUAUAAUUUUAUAAUUUAUUUGGGUAUCUAGAGCUUUACAUUAUGACCUUCAAAUCUGACUCUACCUAAAGCAUAAUUAGAUGUCUUCUAGGGAGAACUUGAGACUAACCCUUCAGCUCAAGUAUCAGAGAUCAGACUCCUGUUUGUUACUUCUGUUAACCAGGGCCUUGUGGGCGGUGCUACUCUAUUCAGAGCAAACCUAGGGCGGGGCCUCCAGGAUGCCACUCCCAGAAGUGCAGAAGCAACCCCUGUAGCCUCGCCCCAAUCCCCAUGGUCUUCUUACUGCCACUUGGAAUCACGAUUAACAAAACACAGUAAGUUUUACAGAAUGAUCCUUGACUAGAAUUUGACCUUAGACGAUUUGGAUAAAUAUUUAAAGACUACACAGCUGAAUGCUACUUCCCAGGACUACUUACAUGGGUUGAAUCACAAAUUGUGUGGUUCCUUUGUACAGAAAGGCAUUUAAAGAAUUUCAUUGUAACACAAUUUUAGAUACACUAAAUUUUUGUAAACAAAAACAUACCGGUGAUUGUAGUAUGUCAGCAUCAAAAAUGUAUGUCACUAUAGCUAAAAAUUAUAUGCCAUUGUUUUUAUGUUAGUGUUUUAUUUGUGUGUGUGUGUGUGUGUGUGUGUGUGUGUGUCUGUGGUGCUCAGGAUCGACCCCAGGUCCUCACACAUGCUAAGCCAGUGUUCUACCAUAGACAAGCUUUACCCGUUCUUUUACAAAAUUAUAUAACAUAUAUAACACACAUACACAUAUAUCUUUUUAUAUUGUUUUGUUUUAUAAAUAAAAAUUAAAAAAUAUUGUAGAAUGAACUAAUUAUUUUUGUGUUCCAAGGUCAA